AAAGCGCGGCGACGCGGAGGGGCCAUGGCUGCCCGUUAAUGGGGAGCGGGAUCUCGCGCGCGGCCGGCGCUUGGGGCCACAGCGGGGCUGCCACCACCGCCGCCACCACGAUGCUGCCUGUGCAGACCGAUCGGUUGCCUCGACGCCAGUGCAGGCCAGGCACGGAGCCGCGGCGGCUGCUCUAGGAGCCGCGAAAAGGAAGAGGAGGAGGAGGAAGGAGCGAGCGAGCGAGCGAAACAACCAGAAACCGCCCCCCAGCUGGGGUGGGGACAGAUCGCACGGCCCAGUCUGCUACCUUCAUUCGAAACAGAAUGGCUGCGAAGGAGAAGUUGGAAGCGAUGCUGAACGUGGCCUUGCGGGUCCCGAGCAUCAUGCUUUUGGAUGUCUUGUACAGAUGGGAUGUCAGUUCCUUCUUUCAGCAGAUCCAGAGAAGCAGCCUGAACAACAAUCCUCUCUUCCAGUACAAGUACUUGGCUCUUAAUAUGCAUUAUGUGGGUUACAUCAUAAGUGUUGUGCUCCUAACCUUACCCAGACAACACCUGGUUCAACUUUACCUGUAUUUUCUAACUGCACUAUUGCUGUAUGCUGGUCAUCAAAUCUCCAGGGAUUAUGUGAGAAGUGAACUGGAAUCUGGCUAUGAAGGGCCAAUGUACUUAGAGCCUCUUUCCAUGAAUCGUUUUAUGACCGCCUUAAUAGGUCAGCUUGUGGUAUGCACCCUAUGCUCCUGUGUCAUGAAAACCAAACAGAUCUGGCUCUUCUCUGCUCACAUGCUCCCUCUGCUGGCGCGGCUUUGCCUAGUCCCUCUGGAAACUAUUGUUAUCAUCAACAAAUUUGCAAUGAUUUUCACUGGCUUGGAAGUUCUCUAUUUUCUGGCAUCCAAUCUUCUGGUACCAUACAAUCUGGCCAAGUCUGCAUAUAGGGAACUUGUCCAGGUGGUCGAAGUGUACGGCCUCCUGGCCCUGGGAAUGUCUCUCUGGAACCAGCUGGUGGUCCCUGUUCUCUUCAUGGUCUUCUGGCUUGUCUUAUUUGCUCUUCAGAUCUACUCUUACUUCAGCACACGGGACCAGCCUGCCUCAAGGGAGAGGCUUCUUUUUCUCUUCCUAACAAGUAUUGCAGAAUGCUGCAGCACUCCCUAUUCCCUUCUGGGCUUGGUGUUUACAGUCUCCUUUGUUGCACUCGGCGUUCUAACCCUCUGCAAGUUUUACCUGCAAGGCUACCGAGCGUUCAUGAAUGACCCAGCCAUGAAUAGAGGGAUGACAGAAGGAGUCACGCUUUUGAUCCUGGCUGUGCAGACUGGGUUAAUUGAACUACAAGUUGUCCAUCGGGCCUUCCUGCUCAGUAUUAUCCUCUUCAUUGUGGUUGCAUCCAUCUUGCAGUCCAUGCUUGAGAUUGCAGAUCCCAUCGUCCUAGCUCUUGGAGCUUCAAGAGACAAGAGCCUUUGGAAGCAUUUCCGUGCUGUGAGCCUGUGUUUGUUCUUGCUGGUCUUCCCAGCUUACAUGGCCUACAUGAUCUGCCAGUUUUUCCACAUGGAUUUCUGGUUGCUGAUAAUUAUUUCUAGCAGUAUUCUGACUUCCCUCCAGGUACUUGGAACCCUCUUCAUUUAUGUCUUGUUUAUGGUUGAGGAGUUCAGGAAAGAACCGGUAGAAAACAUGGAUGAUGUCAUUUACUAUGUCAACGGUACCUAUCGAUUGCUAGAGUUCCUGGUUGCCCUCUGCGUUGUAGCUUACGGAGUGUCAGAGACCAUCUUUGGAGAGUGGACUGUGAUGGGCUCAAUGAUCAUCUUCAUCCACUCCUAUUAUAAUGUGUGGCUUCGUGCUCAGUUGGGAUGGAAAAGUUUUCUCCUCCGCAGGGAUGCUGUGAAUAAGAUCAAAUCUCUGCCCACUGCUACCAAAGAGCAGCUGGAACAGCACAACGAUAUCUGUGCCAUCUGCUACCAGGACAUGAAAUCGGCUAUCAUCACACCUUGCGGCCAUUUCUUUCAUGCUGGCUGUCUUAAGAAAUGGCUGUAUGUGCAAGAAACCUGCCCACUGUGCCACUGCCAACUUAAAAACCCCACCCAGCCCCCUGGGAUAGGAACGGAGCCUGUGCCACAGCCAAAUCCUGGAGCAGAGCAAAAUACUGUUCAGCAAGAAGCCACUGAGCCCCCUGGGGCAGAACGCCAGGAAGGGGCAGGAGGGGGAUCGACUGACAGUGGACAAGCUGCCAAGCAGUUAGGUUCCCUGCAGGACUCUGUGGAUGCCAAGGAUGGCCCUGGCAGCCUGGAUGCUGCAGCUCCCAGGGAGGCCAGCCAGAGAGAAACGGGCACAGACGCACUGGCUGGGAAACAGGAGCUGGCUGUCACGCAAGAGCUAGGAGGCUGCAUCCAGAACUGAAGCAGCAGAGGCUAGUGCAAGAAGCAGCUCUCCAGGAGUCCCUGUCUUAGUGGACAGAACCCUACCCUUUUUAUUGUCACGAACAAGUUUAACUCUCAGAAUGCUGGCCAAAAUGUAUUUAUAAUAUCCCAUGCUGAUUUCUGUGAGCUGCUUGGUUUACAGGGCUGCCAGUGGAUUCCACUGGAAACUACGUUAGAAUCUGCCACCAUGUUGCAAAGGGGCAGAAUCUGGAAAUCAAGACUGAGUAUUUUUGGAAGGGAAAGGUGGAGGUGGGCAUAAGAGGAGAGGGGGAGGCAGCGAAAAAGAAACAGGGAAAACUAAGGACAGUGUUGCUAAUAUUGAGAAGGGGGACAUUAAAACUGAAGGAGAAGAGAGGUGAGUUGUAUCUUUGGCUGUGUCUUUCUGCAAUGAAGGGAGUUCAGUCAAGAACGUCGUCAAAAACCAGUGUCAAGACCAGAGAUUCAUUUUCAAGAUAAAGAGCUCGAGGAGGAUUGUGUGGGGAACAGGCAGCACUCAAGUAUGUCGGGUGUGGUGCUUCGGGCAUGUUGGGGGUUGGGCAUUUGCAUUCAUGUAAUCUAUAGCAAUUCUUGACUUUUUACAAUGGAGUCUUCAACACUUUAACGUUUAGAAAACUUUUUUCUUGAAAGUUUUGGGCAGCAUGGGCUGUGUGAAGUAAAUUAAAAUCCCAGUGAGCUCUUCUCUCGACUCCACCCAUGAGUGCAGGAGAGAUGUGGGAGGGGUUUUAGGAUGCUGAUUGAAGCCUCUCGGUGCUGUUCAGUUCUGUGUAGUGUUUAAUUUCUUGCAGCGGAAUUAAAGCAGUAUUAAUCUGGCGAUAUUUGCACCUUUGGGAAUGAGUACAUAAAAUGUAUGAUCAAAUGCCGCAAAUGCCACUCCUAAAUAGGAUUUGCACCUUCUUCUUUGACAACAGUGUGUGCGUAUUUAAAUUUUUACAUUCAUCAUGGCUUUCAGGUAGAACUAGGGACUGGGGGUGGGUUGGGAGCUGGCAAUUUUUUAUGUGAAUUUUGAUAUGAAAAGGAACUAGUUAUUUAUACACUAGGCUUGGCGCUCAAAAUUGUGUUUUGUUUUUGUUUUUGUUUUCCUUCCAGGGUUGUUGUUCCUAAUGUGAAAUGUGGACAUUAUUUUAUUUUUAGUAGUGAAAUUGAUGUAGACUGACAGACAUAGCUGAAUGUCUCAAUAAACUACAUUUGAAGAUUUUUUA